AGCAAAUACAGACUGCAAUUGAUCAAAAUGGUGAACCUCGACCUCCGCCGUCGUCCUAAAAUCCAAAUCGCCCUUAAGAACCAACAACCGAACCUUGUCAACACAUACACCACCGGAGACCGCAUCGACGGUACCGCGACUAUUACUGUCGACCACGAUAUUCCGUUUGAUCAUCUCGACAUAACAUUCGAGGGAACAUCACGGACAACAGUCGAACGUGCCUCCGUCCCCGGCCAAAGCGGCGCCUGCCAAACCUUUCUCAAACUCCGCCAACCAAUCGACCACUACCCAUCCCCUCGUAUCCUCCAACCAGGACACACCUACGUCUUCCCGUUUACCUUUGUCGUUCCGGACAGAUUACUCCCGCAAGCAUGCAACCACCCCAAGAACCACGGGCACCUCGAGCACGCGCAUACACUUCUUCCGCCGACGCUGGGUGAUACCAUGGUAACACUACAGAAGGGGAAGAAUGCGUUGGUUGAUGAUUUGUGUCCGGACAUGUGUCGCGUUGCGUAUUUUGUUCAGACUGCGAUCGUCAAGAGGGAAGGUAGUAGAAAGAGAAAAGUCCUCGGUUCAGGAACGCAAAAGGUCAGGGUUAUGCCUGUUGUCGAGGAACAGCCACCGCUCAGCAUCCCAGACUAUGAAGUCGACGGGUACUGCGUACGGAAAGAGAAGGAUCUGCGACGCGGGUGGACGAGAGCGAAGCGCGGACGCUUUGUUGUCUCGACGUCGCAGCCCAGACCUAUCGUUUCGAAUAAUGGUGGCGAUGAGAGCGUGAAUUCGGUGGCGACGCUGGAUCUGCGGUUCGAGCCUGUGACUGAGGAUGAGGUGCCGCCGGCGCUUGGGACUGUGUGGACGAAGGUGACUGCGUCGACGUUCUUCAGUGCGCAGCCGUGGAGCGAUUUUCCUGCUGGGAUGAGGGCGAGUUCGUGGGCUCAACUUGGACGGGGGGUGUAUCUUGAGAGUGUACCGUUGUCGACGCGGUGUGUUGCGUCUGCGUCGUGGACGAAACAUUCCCGUCGGGACUCGCUCUCUUCCUCAUCCUCAUCUACGUCUACAUCCUCCACCUCAACAACCUCAACAACCGAAUCCGGAUCCGGAUCAUACUACACGGCAUCCCUAAUCAUCCCAGUCACACUACCACCCACGAAAACCCUAGUCCCAACAUUCCACUCCUGCCUCCUCUCGCGAACCUACUCCCUCGACCUAUCCAUCUCCUACCACACACCGCAUACCUCGCGCCUCUUAGGGUCGACUGUAUCCCUCAAGGUACCGAUACAAGUGACUUCGGCGCCACGGGACAUGCCCUCGAAGAAUGCGGCUGAGGUUAAUGUUUCUGAGAUGGAGGAUGGGGAUGUGGAGGCAUUUUUUACGCCGAGGGAUGUUACGGGGUUGGCUGUUGCGCCGCCAGCGUAUGGGGAUUAUCGGCCUAGGGUUGCUGCGCCUGAGCAGAGGAGUGUUUGUGUUUGAUUGGCUUUGAGCUGGAUUGCAUUGCAUUGGAGUUGGAUUUGUUUCCAUUGGAAUGGCUAUAUACCCUUGUAUAAAAGUGCGUUUACUGUAUAUAUUUUCUUCAAUCAUUGAAUUGUCACC